AUGGACAAUAGGGGGAGGUCGCCAUCGCCCCUCAGUGGAGCCAGAGAUGGCUCUCGACCAGCAUCUGCUUCUGCCGGCGACAACAACGACAACAACGGCGGCGGCGGCGGCGGCGGAAUCCAGAGUGCCAGUCUGGACGAGGUAGCGGCAGGCGGCGCAGGCACAGGCCCAGGCCCAGGUUCAGCAACCGCGAGUCCACCGAACCUAUCGACUCCCCUGUCGGAGGACGUCGACAGCGGGACCGAGUACUUCCCGCCCCUGGAUCCUACCCCCUCGGCCGCUAUCCGAUCCCAGACAUCGCGGACCCAGACGACGCGUCCGCAGCCGCCCAGGAGCAGGGUCCGCACCGGCAGCAUCGUAUCUUCCAACUCGAGCAACAACGGCGGUGCUGCCGCCAACUUCUUCCCCGGCGAAUCCAUUCGGCAGCCGACCAUUCGCAUCCGGAGACGCGGCUCGUCGUCUCUCGCGCCGAAGACCGCCACCGGGGCGGCAAGUUCGGACAAUCUCACCACCGCCGGCGCAUCCUCGCCUUCCGGCCUCGGCGCCGAUCCCGUCGUCGGCAGGGGGAGGAGCCUGUCCCAGCCUGAGAGGACGCGCACGGCGUCGCAGGAUGCCCCCAAGUCGCGCCAGACACCAAGGCGGGCACCGCCCACGGCCAUGCCCCGUCUCACCGAGGAGGGGAACCGGCCUACCGCCGAGGAGCUGGGCAUGCCUAGGUGGGGGGGUGCGCAGCCGCAGCAGGGCCAGCCGGGCGCACCUCCGGCCAUCAGGCUGAGCGGUGACGGACAGACGGAUGACGAGGACGCUGCCGAGGGAGGGCCCGGCGGGAGGCUUCAGAACAUGAGGACCUGGAGCAGGCUCUUCCGGCCUAGGGCGCUGUCGACGAGCGCGCAGGGCCAGGUUCAGGAUCCCGAUAGGAGUUCUAGGGAGAGGUGGUCGGGAGAGCCGGUCAGGCCCUUCACCGGGCCAGGCGACGACACGUAUGAUGAGAGGCUGGUGGAUUAUCUCGACACCGUUGACCCCGAGGUUCAGACUCUAUCAACUCUGACCAAUCUCCAAAACUCCCUGUUCGUGCCGGACCUGGGUAAAUGGAUCAACCGUCGACCGACGUAUACCCUCUCCGAGCACAGCUUUGCACAGAUGCAGAAGGUGCAGCAGCAGCAGCAGCAGCAGCAGCAGCAGCAACAGCAGCAGGAACCACAGCACCGCCAGCAGCAGCAGCAGCAGCAGACUCCACCGCCCCCCUCGAGAGCAGCAUCGAUCGUCGAGCCUCUUCCCGAGCUGACGGAGGAGGGAGACGGCGAGGCGGCCGACACGUGCGGCGGCGACGCGACGCAGACCGAGCUACGCCCGCGCCUGUACCGGUCCAGCACCAUCACGUCCCACCUGACGGACUCGCACUACGCCGCGCUCCCGCACGGCGUGACGCUCGACGGCUGGACGGCCGAGGAGAAGUCGGAGCUGGACGACCACGUGCGGCACAUGAUGCACUCACGGCGUGCCAAGUUCAAGCGCACCAUGAAGGGGUUUGGCCAGUACGUGCGACGGCCGCUGGGCUUCUUCGUCACGCUGUACGCGACGCUCAUCACGCUGUUCGGCCUGGCAUGGGUCCUGUUCCUCAUCGGUUGGAUCUACGUCGGGGACAAGCAGGUCUACACCAUCCACAUCAUCGACAGCGUCCUGGUGGCCCUGUUCGCCAUCAUGGGCGACGGCCUCGCACCCUUCAGAGCGGUCGACACGUACCACAUGAUCUUCAUCGUGCGGUACGCCAGGCUCGUCAAGAAGGGCGCGCAGCGGGAGCCGUCGCGGCUCCGGAAACGUAGCGUCGCAGAUGAUCUGGAGCAGCAGGAAGGGCAGCAGCAGCAGCAGCAGCAGCAGCAGCGGCAAGAGGAUCGGGGCAACGCCAGCAGCGGCAGCGGCAGCGGCAGCGGGACGGAGAUACUGCCGGCGGCGAACACCCUGCAAGGCCGAUCCGACCCUCCACGGCCGGACCAGCAGCGACAAGACGCGAGCCCCAGCAACAGCAGCGCAGACAGCAUCCCCGCGCACAACUCGCACAUGAUGCACGACAACGUGGUGGACGCGAACGACACAAAGUGCGGGCUGGAGGCGUACGAGAACACGUCGCUCACGUACGCGCAGCAGAAGAAGCUGUACCACCACCAGAAGAAGCUGGCCAAGUCGCACAGCUUCUACAAGCCGCACGAGACGGAGACGCACUACGCCUUUCCGAUCAAGUACCUGGUGGCCAUCGUCCUGCUCCUGGACUGCCACUCGUGCCUGCAGAUCUCUCUGGGGGCGUGCACGUGGGGCAUAGACUACCACACGCGGCCGAUGGCGGUGACGACGGUGAUCCUGUGCCUCUCCAUCACGUGCAACAUCACGGCGGGCGUCAUCAUCAGCCUGGGCGACAAGCGCACGCGCAAGAAGGACGUGUGGAUGCUGAUGGACAGGCAGGAGCUCACGUCGGACGCCAUCAAGGAGAUGGAGAACAAGAGGACCGGCGGCGACGGAGGCGGCAGCCAGACCAACUCCACCAAGGUUGACAAGACGGGCGAGUCAUUUAUGGAGAACGAGAAGAAGGGAGGGAGGCUGCAUAAACUUUUCAAGAAGGAAUAA